GCUUCUGCUCCGUCCACAACCUCUGGUAUUUUCAACCACUUUCUCUACUAUUCUCGCUAUCAAUGCUGUACAUUCCGAACUAUCCAUGCUCAUUACGCAGCAAUAGCAGAGACUGAGCGGCAGACGACCAUCAUACCCAAAGCGCAAACUCCUAGCGAGAAGCCAGAACAUACCAAACAAAAUGCAGCACGACACACCUCCCAACAUGUCCUCCAUGGACGACGCCACGGCAGCCCUCAUCCUGCAACUCCUCCAUGAGGACAGCCAGAACGCGGUGGCAGAUAUGGUUGGCAAGGGCAAGCAGGUGGCCGGCGCCGAGACGGACAACCAGAUGGCAAUGCGCCUCUUCCUCGAGGAAGAGGUCCAGAAGGCCGAGACGCUCGUCGCAGACCGGAUCAUGACCCGGAGCCUCCAGACUGCCGUCCGCCUUGAUGGAGAAGCCUGUGUGCUAGCACAAAGGCAAGAGCGGAUGGCUACCCAUGACCGAGACCUGUCCAUCUCGCUGAGCGGCAGUCAUGGUGGUGCAGCUGCAGGAUCAGCUGUCGAGAAUAAGGAGGAGGGCUCAGGCGCAUCCGACACUGACGACUACGAGCAGCUGAUUGAGAAGAUGGCACAUCUCUACGUCGCGGCGCAGCAUACAGACGACAUCGAAGCUCGUCACGACAACGACGACAACGAGACUUCGAGCUUCGCCGGAGACCAGCCGGAGAGCUCUGCAUGGGCAGCCUCACGCGAGGCAGGAAGAGCGCCUCAGCUGCAGCGCCAAACAACAUCGGGACACAAAGACCCAAUGCACCAGUGCAACUCGUGCAUGGAACGCAAGCAUCACGCAGAGCUGGCCACCGUGCCGUGCAAGCACGAGUACUGCCGCGACUGUCUGCAGCAGCUGUUCCGCCAUGCAAUCACGGAUGAGGUCUACUUCCCGCCACGAUGCUGCAAGCUGGCGAUUCGGCCAGGUCACCAGAUACGCCUUUUCCUCACGGGCAAUCUCGUGCGCGAGUUUGAGUUCAAAGCAGUCGAAUUCUCUACUCCUCGCCGCACCUACUGUCACGACCCGUCCUGCGCCGCGUUCGUCCCGCCCUCACACUGUCUCAACGCCGUCGCCACUUGCACCCUGUGUGCGCGUCAGACCUGCACGACCUGCAAGCAAGCCGCACACGGCGGCGACUGCCCCAACGACGAUGCGCUGCAAAGUGUCAUUGAGCUUGCGAGACAGCAAGGCUGGCAGCGUUGCCAGCAAUGUUGGAGCAUGGUGGACCUCAGCAUGGGUUGCAAUCACAUGAGCUGUCGUUGUGGGUUUCAAUUCUGCUACGUAUGCGGCGCAGAGUGGAAAACUUGCCAAUGCGACCAAUGGGACGAACGCCGUCUUUUCGAACGUGCUGCUGAGAUUGACGCACGACACCAUCCCCGCGUGGCUCGCGAAAGGCCAAAUCCGCGGAUUGCGGCACUCAUGGAAGAUCUCAGGAUCAACCAUGAAUGCACCCAUGAACGGUGGCGAGGUAGGCCAGGCCCUCGGCGAUGCGAAGAGUGCUUCCAUCUGAUGCCGCAGUUCAUUUAUGAAUGUCGGCAGUGCCAUGUUAUGGCAUGCCGGCGCUGCAGAUUCCAUCGCAUGUGA